GACCACAAGGAUGCGAGCCCAAUAUCGCCUUGAAAAACGCAAUCUGCGCGCCGAUUUUGCUUUCGUAAACACAUUGAUUACUAGGAUAUUGUCCGAAGAUGAAAAGACGUACGACGACGACGACGUCUCUUCAAUUAUCUAUCACUAGCUUCACACAUGAUCUUCAUGACACAACGCAGUAAAAGCAAAUGGAUCUUCUUUUCCUAUUGAAGCAACAGCACGGGACGUACACAGCAGCAUAUUCCACUGUCGAGUGCUACUUGACAUCCACAGCAACGCCAUCUGAGAGCAGCUCCUCAAGAAGGACGACCACAUCAAGCGGACGACUUCACAACGAGGACAUCUCUGUAACACGAACACCAGAGAAGGAGACCUACAGCCACUACAACAACACGCAUCUACAGAAACAACAAUCUCAACCUCUCUACCACCACCAAAUAAUACACGAGGAUGCAGCCGCAAAGUGUAGCACCAACAUCCUUCUCAUGGAAGGUGAAUGCGAUGCUUGCGAUGGUCGUCAUAGACUGCAUAGCAAACUCGUUUACAGAGCACCUAUGGGGCCAAGACAACGUCGGAAUCGUGGUGGCAUUGUUUGCAGGUAUUCACAGUCCAAAUCGACUAACAUCAUCAUUGAUGGUCGUGCUGUUGUUAAAAUUAAGUAAUUCUUAUCCUCUUCCUCUUCAGGCAACAUCGUGAGUAAUUUAAGUAUCCAGGAGGAGAGGCUAAUAUGGUGAUUCAUCAUAAGUACUUAUUAAUCGUGUACUAAAAUUCAUCGAAAUUUACUCUCCAAGUGGUCCUCCAACAUGAACCCACCUCCAGUCGUCGUGAUCUCGCAGUGCUCCCUGUUACUCCUGUACUUCACGCUACUGUGGAACACCUUUCUUCUGCGCUUUGGACUCUUGGGAGAGGCGUUUGUGAUAUUUCGCAGUAUAUAUUUGAUAGGAAUGCUUCGCUUGAUCCUAAUGCUAGCGAGCAGAAUACCAAGACUCUUAGCUGCAGUCGGAGACUGGAAAAUUACCGACUACUGGGACAACGACGCUUACGUCGGUACUGGUGGUGACCUUAUUUUUUUCAAGAACAUAGUCGUAGGUGGUCAGUCGUAGGUGGUCGUUUUCAGCUUCCUCUUCAUUGUUCCCGGAUGAAAGAAGUAUCAUCUGACUCCUUUUUCACCCACACUCAGCACUCUACACCGUGCACACACUGGUAAGUGUGGUAUACUACGCGGUAUAUCUGCGAGCAACAAAUUCUCUCGGGAAAAGUCGGUUCUACUCCGCAGAACUCUGGCAUCAGUCUCUGAAACGUUUAUGAAAAGAAUGACGUACUACUACUAGGUAGAAGAAUGAUCUAGUGUUGAACAAGAUCAUCUUCAUCACCAUUCAUCAGUUAUUGGAAGAGGUUGCCUCUACCUAGAUCGCAGACAAGAAGUGUUCUUUUGAUGCACGAAGACAAAAUGUCCUAAUACAUCCUGUCCCCGGUGGUCGUAAUGCUGUACAUUAUAUAUGUACCAGGGAGGGAGCCCCCCCCUGUAUCGGUGUGAAGAUUCAUUAUAAAUAUCGGUGCGAAGUACAUGUACAAGUAGAUUUUAUAUACAAAGAAGUAUACGAGCGGACACAUCAAUUACGAGUAGGAGUUUUAUUAACGAGCAGGGUGAUCACCAUGAUCGAGAGGAUGGUAAAACAGAUUUGAUAAUGACGAGAAGGAG